GAGUAUCCAGGGCUCGAUAACUUUGCCCGCACACUCCCCACCCUCCUCAGACGACUUGGUCUAUCGACAGAUCAAUUUAUUGUUUAUUUUUUCGUUUGCAAUGUCUGUUGGAAGCUACACCAUCCAUCAGAGCUUCCUGAGCUACAUUCUCCUGAUUGCACUAAUCCUGAUUGUGACGGAUUGUUGUACACCUCGAAACGACUGGCUGACGGCACCCUCAAACGAACUCCAACAAAAAUCGUCCCAUAUGUACCUCCUGAACGGGCUCUACAGCGAUUUCUUCUACGACCAGGCAAAUGGGACCAAUUCCAGCACUGGCGCGGCCCUGAAGACCAGCCAGGUCAUGUCCCGCCUAUUCCUGGUCAUGGAUACAAUUCAUUU